CUCCGAAACACACACACACGUACGCGCACGUAGCGCGUGAAAUCUCUGCAGACAGCAGCACUGCUCGCGGUACAAUAUGAGGCUGCACUGAGCGCGUGCCGCUAUGAGUGGGAAGAGCCUCUUGCUGAAGGUAAUUCUGCUGGGGGACGGCGGCGUGGGCAAAAGCUCCCUCAUGAACCGCUACGUGACGGACCGCUUCGACUCGCAGUCGUUCCACACCAUCGGCGUGGAGUUCCUGAACCGGGACCUGGAGAUCGAGGGCCGGCUGGUGACGCUGCAGAUCUGGGACACGGCGGGCCAGGAGCGCUUCAAGAGCCUGCGCACCCCCUUCUACCGCGGCGCCGACUGCUGUCUGCUAACCUUCGCCGUCGACGACCUGCAGAGCUUCCAGAACCUGGGCUGCUGGAAGAAGGAGUUCAUGUACUACUCGGACGUGCGAGACCCCGAGCGCUUCCCCUUCGUGGUGCUGGGGAACAAGGUGGACAAGGAAGAGCGCGAGGUCGGGGAGGACGAGGCCAGGGCUUGGUGCGAGGAGAACGGGUGCUGUCCGUACUUCGAGACCAGCGCUAAAGACGACAUGAACGUGGGGGCGGCUUUCGAGGCUGCGGUUCGGGAAGUCCUGGCUAGCGAGGACCCCAUUGAUCACGCUCUCCUGAGCAGCUCCAUCGAUCUUCACGGGAACCGGAAAGCAUCUCGCUCGUCCUGUUGCUGAGGGGUCUUUCGAACCGCUCCUGUCCGCGUUAGUGUUGAAAGUACCGACUUCGGUACCAAGCGCUUAAAAAUGUGACUCUUUGAGCGCUGUUGAGCGGAAUCAUAAACGCCUCUGAUUGGCCGUUGAGUUCACGAGCUCAUCGGAUAUGUCUGUGAUUGGCUGCAAUGAUCAGGGAGCGUUUGAAAGCUCAAGCAGGACCGAUC